AAAAAAAAAAAAAAAAAGAAAAAAGAAAAAGGAAAAAUGGGUCUCCUCCACAAGCUGUGGGACGACACGGUCGCCGGUCCUACUCCUGAAACGGGUCUCGGCAAGCUACGCAGAUACCACUCCUUCUCACCAUCUUCUUCUUCUUCUUCUUCUUCGUCGGCACCUUCAACACCAAGAUUCACUUCCCACGUGGACGACGUCCCCAUAUCUCGAAGCAUCACCAUUCUCAGGACUGCUACUUCUCGCAACUCAUCUUCCGAUUCCAAAUCCAUUCCCUCUUCCCCUGCCGCCUCCGCCUCCAAUUCCCCUGCUUCUCCUCUCUCACCGGCUACGUCCAGAGGAGAGAUGAAGAGAUUGAGGAGGAGGAAAUCAGCAAUGGAAUCCCUCGAACAAGCCGAGCCCAGAAGCCCUACUGUAUACGAUUGGAUGGUGAUAAAUGCACUGGAUCGGUGAGAGACGAAACGGUGAUUUUGAUUAAAUAAACAGAAAAAUAUAUAAUUAAUGGAAGCUUCUGCUUUGUACAU